AUGGAUCUCCUUGACGUCCUCGUGGGGCCACCCAAAGUUGAACGCAACCUGCUACACUCAGGGCGCCCGCUGUCCGUGGAGGACCGGAGGCGCCGGCUGCUGCUGCAGCAGCAGCGGCGGCAGCAGCAGGAGCGACAGCAGCAACAGGAACGAGAGCAGCAGCAGAAGAGUCAGCAGCAGGAGCAGCAGCAGCGUUUGCAGCAGCAGCAACGGGAGGCGGAAGCUCGCGAUGCUCGUCGUCCGGAGGCUGAGCAGCAGAGCCAGCAGCAGCAGCUGCUGCAGCAGCUGCAGCAGGAAAGGCAGCAGCUCGUCAAACAGCUAAGAGCAGCAAACAGAUCUAUCCCUACAGACCGCCAGGCCCAGAAGCAGGUGCAGGCGAUGGCGAAGAGGCUCGUCGAGGUGGAGCGGCAGCAGCAGCUGCUGCAAGAGGGCAAGCCCAUUGACAUCAGCAGCAGCAGCUGCAACAACAGCAGCAGCAGCGGCCAGAGCGGUAGCAGCAACAAAAAUAGCCACAGCGGCGUGUCUUCCAGCAGCAGCAGCGAACCGCCUGCGAGUGCGAGUGCGAGGGCUAGCUCUUCAACCACUAGCGGCGGCAGCAGCAGCACUAGCAGCAGCAGCAGCAACAGCAGCAGCAACAGCAGCAACACUAAUCACCAGGAAGAAAAGCGCGAGAGCGCCCACGCAGCGCUACAGCAGCAGCUGCAGAAGCGGCAGCAGGAGCUGCUGCAGCUGCGGCAGCAGCUGGAGGAAGACAUGCAGCGGAUGAAGAAGCAGGGGAAGACCCCAAAGGCAGCAGCAGCUGCUGCAGCAGCAGCAGCAUCUUUCAGGAUGCCUGUGGCCAACCGAGUAGGGACGUUGGUUACCCGCCCGGGCAGCAGCAGCAGCAGCAGCAGCAGUACAAGCGUCUGCAGCUCACAGCGCAGCAGCAGCAGCAGCAGCAGCAGCAGGUCCCGUUCGAAGAGUCGGCCGCACCCGUUCUUCUCGAACGGCAGCAGCAGCAGCAGCCGAGGCAGCAGCAGCAGCAGCAGCAACGUGGUGGUCAUCCGCGGCCAAGAUGGCACCAAAAUUGUCAAACACAUCUGCAGCACUCCAGUCAGCAGCAGCAAUCCAGAUGUUCGUUUGCUGCGGGGGAGGCCUGAGGGUUUUGAAAGGGGAGACGGGGAGAUAUCUUGCGAAGUGCUGAAGGCCGAAACAGCAGCAGCAGCAGCAGCAGCAGCAGGAGCAGCAGCGAAGGCUGCAGCAGCAAACGCCGCUUCGCGAGCUGCAGCCGGGACCUCUGGAAGCAGCAAAAUUGACCUCGUCAGGGGCGUGCAGCCGUGGAACCCAAGGCUCAUGCUGCAGCAGCAACAGCAGCAGCAGCUGCUGCAGCAGCAGCAGCAGCAACCCAGGCUGGACGACUCUCGCUCUCGCUCGGCGUCAGCGACCCCGCCUUCCGAGGAGCAGCCGCAGCCGCAGCAGCAGCAGCAGCAGCAGCAGCAGCCGCAGCAGCAGCACAAGAAGAAGUCCCCCGCAGCAGCAGUUAGCGGGCCCCCCAAGCCUAAGCUGCCAAACGCUGCAGCAGGAAACAAACACGCGCUGCAGCGGCAGCGGCAGCGGCAGCUGCUGAUGCAGAAGUUGCUGCGUGAAAGGGAGCAGGAGGAGCUGCAGCAGCAGCAGCAGCAGAAGCCGAAGAAGGUCCUUAGCUUCCAGCCCUCUCGCGUGCUGCAGCAGUCUCCUAUUUCCCCGUCUCAGCAGCAGCAGCAGCAGCAGCAGCCGCAGCAGCAACAGCAGCAGGUGCCGCGUGGCUUCCGGCCGUCUCCGAGCGCGCGUUUGUCUUUCAGCGUGCCAGUGGGUUCCCUGUCGCGUCGGCUGCUGCGCCAGCGCCAGCAGCAGCAGCAGCAGCAGCAGCAGCCGCAGCAGCAGGCCGAGCUGCUGGGGGAGAGGAGCUGCAGCGAAGACGAGUGGGAGGAAGAGGACUCGGACAUGUCUUCGUUCAUAGCGGACGACGAGGAGGAGGAGGGUGUGGGCAGCAGCAGGCGCGGCGCAGCAGCAGCAGCAGCAGCAGCAGCAGCAGCAGACUGGCGCAGCGAAAUGCGCGCCGUCACCGGCUACGACCCUCAGGUGUAUGCACAGCUCGACUGGGGGGAGUGCCAGGAGAGCAGCUUUUCGCGACAGCUGCAGGAGGAGCGCCGCAGCAGAUUGUUGGCGGAAGCAGAAGACCGCAGGGAGUUGCUGCUGCUGCAGCAGAAGAAACGGAGGACUUAA